AUGAGGGGAAAUACCCAAGCACGCGGCACUGCCAUUACACGAUCGGGAUCGUUCUCACUGUCAACUUCUACCUCUUUGUUCAUAUCCUGGCCUACACAAGCUCCUGGUGGUAUUCAAAAGACCAACUGUCUGUACCGGGUAGUUGAAGGAAUCGCCACAGUCAAGAAUCACAUCGGCCGCUGUGAUUGCAAAGCAGGCUUUGAUAGCUGGCUUGAAAAAUUUCCAGCCAUGUCUCCCUCGCCACUAUCAUUUCCACAGGAGGUGAUCGACAAAAUCGUCGAUGAGCUCGAGCCUGAGGAUGACCUACCAAGUUUGUUGAAUUGCUCCCUCACUAGCAGGUCAUUUCUUGCAGCCAGUCGCAGAGUCGUCUUCAACCAGGUCACCCUUGGCACGGACGGUGACGCUGAACGGGGGUCGAAAGAUUGUCGUGGUUUGUAUGCCAUCGUCUCUGCCAACCCUUGGCUUGGAUCGUGUAUCAAGAGAAUUAUUAUCGAAGAAUCGCUAUUUUCUAGUCCAGAUUCAGAAAAGGGUACCAGAGUUGGAUGGGUAUCACGCGAAGAAACACUCCCGUUGCUCUUGCCGCUCCUGGUGUCUCUUAAACUUUUAGCCAUCAGAGCAGACGAGCAUCGCCACAAGCUAGACUGGUCCACCCUCCCGCCCAGACUCGCAGCUGCACUUUCUCAAAUAUUCUUGCUUCCCAGCCUGGUCAAGAUCGAGUUUGUUGAGUUGACCAACUUCCCGUAUGAGGUCGUUACCUCUUCAAGAUAUCUCAAAGGGUUGUCCCUCUGGGGUACACUUUUGAAGGCCUCACGUCGCUUCCUUGAGAUCGCACAGCCUCGGGUCCGGAGCCAGCUAGAGUUCUUGGACAUCACCAACUCUGCUCUUGUUAUUCCUGACCUGAUCAGAUACCUCGACUUAUCUUGUCUGAAAAUGUUACGCAUCGGGUUCACCUGUCCAGCCGAUUGCUUUCUUUGGUCAAAACUCGCGGACUGUACAUCACGGUCACUUGAAGAAUUGGACAUCAUCCAGAUGUAUCCGGCUAAUGAGCAAUUUCGCAUUCCCCAUGAACUCCUAGACUUCCGCCCGUUCCCGGAUCUUCGAGUAUUUUCUCUCGACAUAGCCUUCUAUGCCUGUGAAAGCUUCCCUAACCUCAAUGUUCUACCAAUCCUGAUCGAUCAAUUGCGAAAAAUUACCUCCGAUAACAAUCUCGAGGAGUUCAGGUUGCUCGCGGACUACAGUCCGCCUCCUAACGAUAUACAUGUUGUCGAUGAUGACUGGCUUCCCCGUUUUUGCCGCCUUCCAUUUUGGCAAGAGUUGGAUUCAAUCUUAACGCAUCCUCGCUUCUCGAAGUUAAGGAGGGUGGAUGUUUCAUUCAAAAGGACUGACGAAACGGAGUCGACGUCGUCGGAGUUUGAACUGCAGAUGUCUGAUGAACCUGACCCACAGGUGGAUGGUGGCUCUGACCUCCAAGCGGAUACCGAACCUGAAUGUGACCUUGAAGCGGGGCUCCACGAUUUACGAAAGCAGAUACCUGGGUUGGUUAACAAGAAAAUCGUUUUCUUUGAGUUUAUGGAGUACGUCGCCUAG